AUGUGGGCCCCACCCUCCUCCUCGACCUCGCUUAAACUCCUCGAGCUCAACAUCAUGUCGGCCCACGACCUUCCCCCGGUCUCCAAGAUGCUCCGCACGUUCGCUGUCGCUUACAUCAGCCCCGACCAUAAGCUGACCACACGGAUCGACCAUACGGGCCACACGAGCCCAACUUGGAAUUACAAGGUGGCUUUCCACGUGGACGAUCUGUUGUUGAAGAGCGAGUCCUCAGCUGUGACAAUCGAGAUCUACAACCUGGCCUGGCUCAGAGACCUCCCGAUCGGGACCUGCCGCCUCAUGAUCAACAGCCUGUCUAAGAACCCGGGUUUUAGACGGGUCGAUCUCCAGGUUUGCCGCCCCUCGGGUCAUCUGCAGGGCACUCUGCACGUCGGAGUCCAGCUUGUGGCCCCACCACGUGACGAGUUUGGAGUUACUGUAAAGGAUCAAGAGCAGGAACAAGGGAUUAAUGGAUAUUUUGUCAGGGAAGAAGAAGAUGAACAACAACAACAUUUCCAGGAGCAAGACAACAUGAAUCCUAGGCUGCCAGAAGACACGUCCCCACCAGUCCUGGGCCACAUCAGCAGGACGACAUCACAACACAUAUCCGAGGCCGAAACAAGAACUAUCGUCGCCACCUCAGCCGGGGGUUCCUUCUACUCUGUCAUGCGACCUCUGCCGUCCGAGGUGGCAGCGGAUUUGAAAAGGGGGCUCUAUUCGGCGGAAUGGAACGACUACGGGAGCUCGGUUUUCGAGGGAUGGACCGAAAAAGGCGACAAAAGAAGCGAGGAACUGAACGUGGGGCCCACCGACGAGCGGUGGCCCGUGGUGGAUGACCCGAUCGUCUGCCUUGCGGCGCCAGCCGAGAAGAGGUUCGUGGGCGGGCAGUGCCGAAAGAGAGUACGUACCGAAAACAAGAAAAAAGGGCUUUUCUCGUGUUUUGGGAAUGCGUACGGGUUUCAGUUCAGCAUCUUUUGUGGGUCGAAGCCGUUGAAGAAGAAAAAGAAGAAGGGGAACAGGAACGUGAACAAGCAAAACAUACAUUUGGUCAGUCUUUCCGAGGAUAAUCGACACAGGUAUUAUGUCUGA